AUGAUAGGAAGAGCCGACAUCGAAGGAUCAAAAAGCAACGUCGCUAAGAACGCUUGGCUGCCACAGGCCAGUUAUCCCAGUGGUAACUUUUCUGACACCUCUUGCGGGAAGCACUCUCCCAUCGUCGCCCCAAAGGGCGACACAAAAGGAUCGAUAGGCCUUGCUUUCACACGGAUCCAUCCUACUGAAAAGUAUCCUCAAGCCAGCAUUCGCCCUUUCGCUCUACCAAGGGUUUCUCUCCCUUUUGAAGCUGGACUGGAUUUGAAAAGAAUUCACAACUGA